CUCUGAAGAAGACAAUGACAUCACAGACUGCAGCACACAGCGCGGCGCCACCUCGGAGAGUCUGCGUGUGGACGCCCCUGGCUCCUCCCACAUGUCAAGUCACAGCGGGGAGCUGCGCAUCCUGAGCGUCUACGGACAAGGGGAGGGUCCACUGGCGGUGGACGGCCAUGACACCCUCUUUGCCGCGUCAGACCUGGAGGCCUUGAGCUCGAUGUCUGCUGACCACAGCGUGGCCAAGAGCCUGAACUGCAGUGUGCGGCUCGUCCGCCUUGAGGAGCUGACUGGGCAUCAGGGCGGGCGCAAGGGCCGGCCCGGUGUCUUGUUUGGAAAGGUUAUUCCCAACAAUGCCAAUAUGAUCGUCCACAUGAUGACUCACUCUGGGGAGAAGCCCUACCAGUGUGACCAAUGCAGUAAGCGCUUCAGUCGGAGAGAUGCCCUAAAGAUCCACAUGUCGACUCACACCGGCGAGAAGCCCUACAGGUGUGACCAAUGCACAAAGCGCUUCAGUUAUAGCUAUGCCUUGAAGAUCCACAUGAGGACUCACUCCGGCGAGAUGCCCUACAAGUGUGACCAAUGCACAAAGCGCUUCAGUCAGAAAGGCCACCUGAAGAUCCACAUGAGGACUCACUCCGGGGAGAAGCCCUACAAGUGUGACCAAUGCAUGAAGUCUUUCUGUCAGAAAGACUACCUGAAUAGACACAUGAGAACUCACUCCGGCGAGAAGCCCUACAAGUGUGACCAAUGCAUGAAGUGCUUCAGUCUUGGCCGCAGCCUGAAGUUCCACAUUUCGACUCACUCGGGGGAGAAGCCCUACAGGUGUGACCAAUGCCCGAAGUGCUUCAGUCAUGCUUCCGGCCUGAAGUUCCACAUGUUGACUCACACCGGCGAGAAGCCCUACAGGUGUGACCAAUGCACGAAGUGUUUCAUUCAAAGCUCCGCCCUGAAGCGCCACAUGAGAACUCACUCCGGCGAGAAGCCCUACAGGUGUGACCAAUGCACGUUGCGCUUCAGUCGUGUUUGCAACCUGAAGAUCCACAUGAUGACUCACUCCGGCGAGAAGCCAUACAAGUGUGACCAAUGCAUGAAGGGCUUCAGUCGUGGCGGCGACCUGAAAAUCCACAUGAGGACUCACACCGGGGAGAAGCCCUGCGUGUGUCUGCAGUGCAACGCCAGCUACAGCGACCCAAGCAAUUUGCGUGUGCACAUGCUCAAGCACACUUCGGCACGGGGUAACGGGACGCUUUGAUUGAGACCUCUGUCCUGUAUUGGUUGAAAUUAGGGCUGCAACAACGAAUCGAUAAAAUCGAUAAAAAAUCGAUUACUAAAUGCAUUGGCAACGAAUUUGGUUGUCGAUUCGUUGAGUCGCGCGAUUAAUAAGUUACUCGUUGGUUCACGGUUCAUGCACGCCCACAGCGAGCUUUAGUGUGAGCGACCACAGCUUGUAUUUUGGUCAUAUCUUAACACUGGACUGUAGGCCUACAUAGAAGUGUUGUACCUACACUGUCUUUGGGUUAAAAAAACUCCUUCAACUCAGUAUCCGUCUAGUCCUACCGAAAACUGUCAGCUGCUGCUGCAGACGUUGUACAGACGGGCUCGAAGUCGGCACCGAGUGCAUCAACAGUCAUUCAAAGCAGCGGUAGUAAUCACACAACCGGACGGUGUAGAAAGUCCCGUCAGUUAAAAAUAGUAAUGCAGUUUUUAAAUCCAUUUUAAAAUCGGCAGGAUAUAGAGCUAGUUAGCUUAAAAAAAAAAAAAAAAGACCAAUGGUCACAAACAGUGUCAAAUGUGAUGUGUUCAGGUCGGCUCAGUAAUAUGAUUGAUGCGUUCAAAUGCAACAGAAAAAAAAUAAAAUGAGAUUUUGGUGAAAACUUGUUAUUAGAUAGAUAGUAAAUUAGAUAGUAAAGAUAUAAUUAUGACCUGUUUAAUGUCCUAUCUUGAACUAUCAUCAUCUUAUCAGCAAUUAAAGCAAUAUUACAAGUUCUAUUUCAAGGAGUCUCGAAAUUGGUAUCAAUAGGUUUGACCGGUUAACCAUGGACAUCCCUUAUAUACAUAUAAAAGUAUAUCAUACAUUGUAUGUUUUCUUUGUGUUAUCCCAGUUAUGUUUUUUUAAUUGUUUUAUUAUUUAAUAUUACUUUUAAUAGUUCUGGGACGUUGGAGCAAUAACCUGGUGUUUUUACACUUCAGUCUGCACUGUGAAUUUGAAGUGAUGAUCGGUUUUUGAAUAAAGAUGCAGCAAUUAAAAAAAAAAAAAAAAAUGUAUCAGAUUCAUCGAUUAAUCGAAAAGAUAAUCGACAGAUUAAUCGAUUAUUCAAAUAAUCGUUAGUUGCAGCCCUAGUUGAAAUUAGUGCUUUUUGUUUUUCUUUUCAUUACGAUUAAACGCUUUCCAAUUUUGA